CCGCACACCAUAACCAACAUUGUACUGUCUCCAAGUCUGAGUGCUAUGGUCAAACCACAAUACUAUAUAUGAGGACGACAGGAAUAUACCGCAGUCCAACACCCAUUGACACUUGGAGCACGCUUUGUUGCCUUGUGCGUCGCCGGCUGGGUGUACUGUCUUGGGGGCAUCAUCACACGCCAACCCCCAAGGCCUCACGCUCCUUUCCUUCCUACAGACACGGUCUCGUCCACAACGUUCAUGGAUCUUCCUUACCGGAGCCAAUCCUCCUAGCUGACUCAUGUCGCCGCUUCCAUCUAUCAAUGUGAUGCCUCGACCUUGUUCCAAGGGUAGCCAUGAACAACGGGUCUCUCUCGGGCCUGUACCAGUCAUCCAACAAUAGUAACUCCACUCUUCGUCCUCGAGGCGCUCGCCUCAUCUCAUACCUUGGCGAUGAUAACAUCGACUCUACCGCCGUCUCAACAUCAUCCGCCACCCUCACCUCCAUCGCUCCAACCCCCCCUCGCCAACCAAGUCGAGGCGUCUCCCCUAAUCUCGAUCUCGACACACCCAGAACGGCCAGGACUUCAAAGUUGCAUGGCCUGAGUUCUUCAGGCUCGCAACAGUCACAGACCACGACGCCAGUGAUAUGGGAACCAUGGUCUUCAAUUCAGGGACUUGCCUCAAGUUUCCUGAGAUCCGAAUCCCCUGCAUCGACCAAGGACAAGUCAAAUGCCCCCUUCAAGACUCCCGCAUGGAUGAGGCAGGACAGACUAUACUCUUCCACCAACAAACCCGCUCUCGAAUGGGGUCCCAACUUUAGUGCCAGCGCUCCUACCCACGAUCUAAUUGCAGAGCGAAAGUCAAAGCUCGAGGCAAAAAAGAGAGAGGCAUUGUUACUUGCUGCUGCGGCCGACACCCAGGAUAGUAUUGGGAGAUAUAAAAGAAGAGAUUCCAAUGGCGAUACAUCGUUUUCGAUCUCGCCUGAUUCCAGUCAAGAUACAUUGGUUUACAUGCACAAAGUCACCAAGGAUGACACUAUGGCAGGCGUUGUCAUCAAGUACAACUGUCAAGGAGAGUCCUUUCGAAAAGUCAAUCGUUUCUGGCCCAACGACAAUAUACAGACACGUACACAUGUCUUGGUCCCUCUUGACGCAUGCUCAGCACGAGGUAGGAAAGUCGACAGUCCAUACCUGUCUCAGGACUUGUUCCACCCCUCUCCUCUCUCUACUCCUUCAACCGUUGAGGACCCGACUUCUGGUUCCUCUACUCUCACAUCAGAGCCCAUCUCCUUUAUCACGCCCUCAUCAGAGGAAGUGACGUUCAGGCAUGACUCAUGGGUCGUACUCCCAUCUUUCAAAGAACCCGUGGAGGUUUUGAGGGUGCCCCGCCGGGCACUGGCCUAUUUUCCUCGAGCUCGGCGGAAAUCGAAUUCCACACUGGCAACGACUUCCCCGGGCGCCACUCCCAAAUCUUCAUUUGAUACUUUACGACACCCUCCCACUCACGCAGCCCAGAUAAGUGCGUCUUUGAAUGCAUCGCCUGUCCGUCGUCCCGCUUUGCAGGCUCGUCUGAACUCUGGACGCAAGCGCUCAGCCAGUACAACCACCUCAUCCAACUCUUUUGCAGAUUCUCUGCGUGGCCCUGGUGGAGUUGGGACUCUCUCUGGUCUGCGUACCGAAAUUGCAAGGCCUGGACCAGGAGAAGAUCCUCUGAACAAGAAGUUCGCUCAGUAUCUACCUGACCUCCUCGCUCCAGAAGACAUUCCGCGAACAGGCUUCUCCUUUCGACCAACUCCACGUGCCACCCCACGGGCAAGUGUUGACUCGUCACGUAGCACCCGCUCAAACAGUUCCGGACUGGUUGAUCUAGGCGGUACUCUGGAAGGGUGGGUGAGGAAGAUUGGACCUAAAGCUCUACGCGAACGUACGGGAACUGUUGCCAAAAUGGGGGAAUUGAUCGAAUUGGAGACAAAUUCCGAGGGACAGGAGCUUGGUUCACAAUCAAGGAGCAGACUACGCGUCGAAACUGGACGAUCAUCGAUAGAGAGCUCCAGAGAUUCGUUGACCCCUACAGCCAUCCCUUGUACGAAUGGGCCAGGUUUGUCAAUAACUAGUGCGACGGAGCAAGCAAUCCUCAAUGAGCGUUUUCCAAUGCGAGGCAGAGUGAGGAAUGCUUAUGAGACAGGCAAGAAAUGAGAAAGAGUUUGAGCGCCGUUCAACCGAUGAAAUGAAUGUCACCCAGUGUGUAUCCCACAUCUAGGAUUUGUUAAUUAAUCUACAAUGAGC